AUGAACGGAGUCAAGGGCACCUAUACUGAUCCCAUGUUCGGAUUGACCUGGCAGGUCAACUGUGGGCAAGAUACCCUCGGCGCCGGGUCCUACAACUUUGGAGGGACCGGUGGGCAAGGUAUCGCUGGCUGCUUCAAAGGAUGCGCGAAAAGACCGAACUGCCAGGGCUUCUAUUAUGCAGGGGUCGUGUCAGCUGGUGGCACUGCUGGAUCUGGUGGUUGUUACUACAAGACGGCACCUGUCACAUCAUUCGUUACUGAUGCACCGUAUACGUACACAAACCCGGCGACGCCUGCAGUGACUUUUUCUCACUACGCGGGUGUUGCUCUGCUCAAUCCUGGUGUGACAUCCUAUGCCUGUCCCAUGUACAACAAUUUGCAAUUCAACGAUCGCUCCGGAAACGUUUGGUCGGUCACUUGCGGUGGGCACUACGCUGGUCUUCCAACUCCGAAUCCUGUCGCCGUCAGUGACAUGGCGGGUUGCAUGGCUGCAUGCAACACAGCCACCAACCCUGGAUCCACAUGUACCGCCAUAGAAUACGCGCUCACGACAGCCGAGCCAACGUCCACGGAUCCCUCCACUCGCGGCCAAUGCUACAUGUACUCGACGGCAUUUACCACAACUUUGUCAGCUAACCCCAACUAUGGUUAUGCUAUGAGGGUUGGAGGCACGGCUACGGUGUCCGUCACAUCUUCGCCACCUUACUAUACGAAUUGGGCGACGACCGUGACGCCAACGGGCAGCACUUCGUCAAGCACCGCAACUACAGGUCAGUCUAAUUCUCUCUCGACUUCUGCAAGUUUACCGGCAGCUACGUCCACGGCCUGUUUGUCACAGGAUCCUGUUCCCAGCCCACCGGCCAGCCCUGCGUCUUGUCCAAUAGGGAACAACUAUACGGUCACGAGUGCCUGUGGCAAUACAUACUACAUUUACUGUGGCUAUGAUACGACUGCUUCCGAUAUGUCCUCCCAGCCCACAGUCAGUAGCGUGGCGGCAUGCAUACAACAAUGCGAUUCAAACUCUCGGUGUCAAGCAGCCACAUACGCCAAUGGCAUCUGCUACUGGAAGUCUGCAUACAAAAGCCUCAGCACCACGACCACCACUUCCAGGGUCGCAAUUGUCCGAUACAUCCCACCAAAUCCCAACUAUGCCGUACCUCCAACCGCUCCCGGCACCAACACAUCCACUGGUUGUGGCCAAGCUCUGCCUGCAGGCCUGACACCAGACGGAUCAAGUGUAUACUACAGCUUGAUCGCUCCCGAUGGCAAAAACCGCACAUACAAGGUCCAUAUUCCGAGAUUCUACAAUGUCAAUCGUGCGUCGCCUCUAAUCUUCGGCUUCCCUGGCAACGGCGAUACCGCUUCAGGCAUUGAAAGCCAGACCGGGUUCAACGACGGCACUUUGAAUCCUUACGGGAUCGCGGUGUAUGUCGAUGGCUGGAACCUCGGUUUUCAGUCGAACCCGGACUGGGCAACUGGAUCCAACUAUGCUGAUGACCUGGGCUUCAUGAGGACGCUCAUUGAUACGAUGAGUUCAUCAUUUUGCGUCGACACUGGCCGCAUUUGGGUCACUGGACAGAGCAAUGGGGGUGGUUUCACCAACUAUCUGGCGUGCGAUCCAUACAUGAGUUCACGAAUCUCUGUCUUCAGUGCCAGCUGUGGUGCCUUCUACACCGGUGCCAGAUCAGGCGAUCCAGCUACAGUCGAUCCGGUCAACACCCCAACACAGCCGCAGUGCUCACCCAGUCGAAACAACCUCCCCUUCUUGGAGUUCCAUGGCACCAAUGAUGGUGUCAUUCCUUAUACUGGUGGGGUGCGCAGGGGUUACCUCCUGCCUACCAUUCCACGCUGGGUGACCGCCUGGGCGAUCCGGCAAGGCUACAGCUCCAGCAACGUCGCCUCCACGCCCAGCACUGGCGUGACAAUGUAUCAAUACGGUGGACGUGGCUCCCUCGGCAUCAUCACACAGUACACUCUCGCAAACUGGGUACACGACUGGCCUAAAGUCUCAUCAGGAGCACCUGUCGACGCAUCGCCAUUGAUCAUGAAUUUCUUCUACGACCAAACGAACUACAACAGGGUCGUCGCGGACGGCCCCUCUCUGAGCUCGUCUUCUUCAUCAUUUAUCCACUUCGACAAGCAGCACCGGUCCGAUCACUGUUUCCACUUCAAGUAG